GGCGACGGCGCCGCCCACCUGGUGUACCUCGGUGCAAAACUGAACUCCCGAUCUGUUAUCAGAGCGGAGGAAUUUGGGUAAAAAUCCGCAAAGUUCCCCGCUGCGUCGGUCCGAGCUAGCGGCGGAACGUGAGCUGUGACGGCGGGACACCCUGGAAGAGACGGAGGCCCCUCUGGAGGAUGACCGGCGGCGCGGACUGGAAGUGAACAUCGUCGCGGCACGAUGUGAGAUGAACCGCGGCAGAGCAGCGAGCGAGGCCGGCGACAUCAUGCUGGUCCGCGGCUCGCCCGGUCGAGGCCGAGCCAGAGUGACUCAUGCGGUGGUGGUGAUCUUCCUGGAGUUCUUCGCCUGGGGGCUGUUGACCACGCCCAUGCUGACGGUUCUCCAUGAGACGUUUCCUCAGCACACGUUCCUGAUGAACGGCCUGGUUCAGGGAGUGAAGGGUUUCCUCUCGUUCCUGUCGGCUCCUCUGAUUGGUGCUCUGUCGGACAUCUGGGGCAGGAAGUCCUUCCUCCUGAUGACUGUCUUCUUCACCUGCGCUCCGAUUCCCUUCAUGAGGAUCAGCCCCUGGUGGUACUUUGCGCUGAUCUCAGUCUCUGGGAUUUUCGCUGUCACCUUCUCAGUGAUCUUCGCCUACGUGGCCGACAUCACAGAGGAACAUGAGAGGAGCAUGGCCUACGGACUGGUGUCGGCCACCUUCGCUGCCAGCUUGGUCACCAGCCCGGCCAUCGGUGCCUACCUGUCGGCUCAGUACGGCGACAGCCUGGUGGUCCUGGUCGCCACAGUAAUCGCCGUGGCCGACAUCGCCUUCGUGUUCUUCAUCGUCCCCGAGUCGCUGCCGGACAAGAUGAGGCUGACGUCUUGGGGCUUCCCCAUCUCCUGGGAGCAGGCCGACCCCUUCGCCUCUCUGCGUCGUGUUGGAAAAGACUCCACAGUGCUGCUGAUCUGUGUCACGGUGUUCCUGUCCUACCUGCCGGAGGCUGGACAGUACUCCAGCUUCUUCCUCUACCUGAGACAGGUGAUUGAGUUUUCUCCUGCAGCCAUCGCCGCCUUCAUCGCCAUGGUGGGAAUCCUCUCUAUAGUGGCUCAGACUCUGUUCCUCAGUGUUCUGAUGAGGACCAUCGGGAACAAGAACACGGUCCUCCUGGGUCUGGGCUUCCAGCUCUUCCAGCUGGCCUGGUACGGGUUCGGCUCUGAGCCCUGGAUGAUGUGGGCAGCAGGGACAGUAGCAGCCAUGUCCUCCAUCACUUUCCCAGCAGUCUCUGCUCUGGUGUCACACAGCGCAUCACCUGACCAGCAAGGUGUGGUUCAGGGGAUGAUCACAGGUAUCAGAGGUCUCUGUAAUGGUUUGGGUCCGGCUCUUUACGGCUUCAUCUUCUUCCUCUUCAACGUGGAGCUCAACGACAUGGAGCCGGUGGCCGGAAGACCCGCUGAUACUGAGAAGUCCAUCGUUCCCGGUCCUCCCUUCCUGUUCGGAGCCUGUGCCGUCGUCUUUGCUCUGAUCGUCGCUGUCUUCAUUCCCGAGCACCACCGAUUGGCCGACGUCAAGACCUGCUCCGCCCACAAGGCGGGUGGCUCCGCCUCCUCCUCCUCUGCACACGCUCAGAACGGCAGCCCUCUGGCCACGCCCACCAGUGAUGCGGAGGACAUCGAGCCGCUGCUACAGGACAGCCGCAUGUGAUGGUCGACCAAUCACAGUGCUGCGUCCUCUCUGCAGGCCCCGCCUCCUCCAACCAGAAGCUUUUCUUUAGUUUUACCUGCAGACGGCUCAGGUAACGGCAGCCACACUGACGAGCUCGGUUCAGACGACAUUUAUCAGCUUCAGGAGUCGCGUUUUAAAUUAGUGGCGUAUGAAUAAACGGAGCGAAUAUGCAGCAAAACGACAUUAAUAUAUGAAUAUAACUUCACUCUGAUCUCCAGGCCUGAAGCCAUCUCUAGACCUGCCCAGGUGAGUCGGGCAGGUAGAACCAAAGGGCUGAGCAGGACGUUUUCAGGGCCUUUUACCAACAUCACAGAUGAUUUCUGCUCCUUCUUUGGUGGUUUCCAGUGAGCUUGUUUGCCGUCAUGCUGCUUUUUAACGCGACGCUCAGAAACACGAAGCGCAUCGAAGCAGAAGAUCGAACAUUAAACAGUUAAGCGACUAUUUUAAGCAGCUGUAGCGUUUCACUUCCUGUUCAAGGUAAAAUGCCAAAUAUUCUCUGGUUUCUGCGCCUCUAAAGAGGCACUUUGCUCUUUUUCUUUGUCACAUGCGACGGUAAAUUUAAUAGUUUUUUAAUUCUGGUUUCCUGUGACAUUUUGUAGUAGUUUUUAUAUAAACUUAACGAUUAAUCAAUGAACAGAGUGAAUAAUUUCAGAUUAAUUUCAAAGAGUAUAAUAUUAGAUUCUGUUCUGUGAUGCAGAACAAAAAGCACCUUUCUAUGCUGUAGUGGAUGUAGCUGGUUCACGUAUUUUCUAAACGUUUUACGCUGAAGUUAACCGUCUACAGGCCGCAGCAUUUUAUUCACUCAUCAAUAGCACUAGUGGACGAUUAAUCGAUUGGUUGUCAGCUAUUAAAUUAAUCACCAUCUGUUUUUAUAAAUGAUUGAUCAGUUUGAGUCAUUUUUAAAGAAAAAGAGCUCAUUUGAUGUGAAUAUUUUCUGGUUUCUGUCCUCCUUUAUGAUGGUAAACUGAAUCUAUUUGGACAAAACGAGACAUUUUUCUGCUUUUGAUUCAGUCAUUGCCGCUCUCGAAUUUGUUGUUCCCGCUCUUGAAUUCGUAGUUCCCACUCUCAACUUAGUUGUUCCCGUUCUAGAUUCCUGCUCUCAAAUUAGUUGUUCAAAACAAGACAUCACCAUUUUUUGCCAACAACUAAUCGAUUGAUUGAGUAAAUAAUCAACAGAUUAACCCUCUGAACCCUGAGCUGUUGUUUUUUUCAUUCUCUACCACUUUAAGUCUUUAAAUCAUAAAAUCCUGCAACUCUGGAAACAGAAUGACAUGAGAAAGGAGAGAACUCAGGAAAGUAUUAAAAAAACACAAAAGGUGAAUUUUUUUUGCAUCUCUUAAAAUUAAACAAUCAGGAAACAAAAUGUGUGACAUUUUUUCAAAGUCUCCACAGAACUCUGGAUAAUUCUGUUUAAACGAGUUUCCUCUCCGCUCUGAGGAAACACUGCCUGCAGUUCAGCCAAAAAACUUUAUGAAUUUUUAUCAGAUGAAAGUUUGUUCAGAGCUGAUCAGUCGUGGUUCAGGAUUUUUUGACUUUUAUACAAUCUGUUUUGAGAAAACUGUUUAUUUUCAGUAAAUUUUUUAAAUGAGACAUGAAGAAUAAAUAGAAUUUGAUGGAAAAAUCACAAUUUUCAGCUGAAAUUUGAAGAUUUUUCCAGAAAGAACCGUGCAUCAUGUGUGACACGUUCAAGGACUGUGGGAAAGUUGCAAAUCUGUUUUGUUUUUAACGGUUUCUGGCCCAUAAAUGGAGUCAUUUUUAAAAGAUAAGGCACUUUUCAAACCCUGGAGAGGUUUUGGGUUCAGAGAGUUAAUCAACUUGCAGCUUCAGGACUCUGAUCAGGGUCAGCUGUCGUUAGUAUUUUAGCUGUUAGCAGGACAUGGACUAGUGUUGGUGUUUUGUCGUUCAGGAUCCUCUGGUGUGACCGUCUUCCUCUCGUUUAAAGUGUGAAACAUCACAUCCGUCAGUCUGGUUGCCGUCUGAGCUCUGCAGUCAGUUUAGCUCCACCCAUCAUGAGGAGCGUUUGAUGACCUCUGCAGGGAAGUGUGUUUGAUUCGUGGACGGUGAGGCGUUCUGGGACCAGAAGAUUCCUCCACAGACUCUGGGUUUCUUGGCUGCAGGGACUCUUGGACACCUGGUUACUAUGGCAACAGCCAACAGGGCCAACCGGUCACACUGAGCACGUGCAAGCUCUGCCUGGCUAUGACGUCGUCGUUCUCUCCUGCCGAUGUCUCAGAAAUAACCACAAGUUUAGGAACUAAUUUAAGCAGUUUGAAGUUUGAGGAGCUUUUAGGUUUUUAUUUGUACGAACAUCAGGAGGCGUCAUGGAGGAAAAACUCACCUGGACAGCUACAAAAUUAAUACUUAAAGUUAAGAAAUGGCAGCAAAGAGACCGUAAAGAGCCAUAAAAAUGCACAAACGCCUAGCUAGAGUAUUAAAACAGCAAUACGGAGCUGCAACAUGAGUGCAAAGACACAUUAAAUAACCACAAAUAGAUGCAAAACAUCGAAAACGGGCCUAAAAAUUACGACCUAAACUAGUAAAACAAGCAAAAUAGACACAAAAUAACUACAAAGAGACACAAAACAACUACAGACACAAAACAACCAGAAAGAGACACAAAACAACCAGAAAGAGACACAAAACAACCAGAAAGAGACAGAAAACAACUGCAUAAAUUAGUAAAACUGUAACAGAAAGACAUGCAGUGACCACAAUGAAACUAAAGAGUUAAAAAUAUUUUAAAAAACAACUACAUAAAUGCAGAAAAUAUUCAGAAAGAGACACACAAGUCCCCCGAAUGUACGAAAACGAAGAAGAAAAUUCAAAAGCCCCACAAACAGACACAAAACAACUUCAGAAAAACAGUUUACCACCUGGACAGAGAAGCAAAAUGACCACAAAGGUGAAAUAAACGACCAAUAAAACCCAAUGCAAACUUUGAAAAGUUCAGCAAAUAGAAGUAAAAUGAACUCAGAGCUUCAUGUGUCCACAGUUCUCACCACAAAGAGGCUAAAUCUUGUUUAUGUUGUUUGUAAAAUGACCGUAAAUGGUGAAAAAUGCCUGUUUGGAUUGUUGAAUUUAUAUUCAGUGAUUCUGGCUCUGAAUUCAGCAACUCUCAGUUUACAGAUCUGGUUUGGAUUCCCUAAUUCAACCUCUUGGUUUAGUGUUUUGAUUCAGAAAUUCAGACUCAAAGUUAAGGUCUGGACUCUUGAUUUAUACAUUUUGGCUUUUAACUGUGGUUUCUAAAUAGAUUCCUGAUUCCUGAACGUCUGCUGUCCUGUAGAGGGCAGCAGACACUAAGAAACGUUUGGCUCUAUCUCCACCAUGUUUCCCUCCAUGACGCCUCCAGGUUCUGUUCUCCGGACCAGUCUCAGUACCGGUUCCGUUUCCUGGUGUUUUAAUACUUGAAGCCCGUCUGAGCUCCUCCCACUCACCUGCCGCUCCAGGUUGAGCGAAUCAAGCGCUCCCGCGUUGGCGGUUUGGAACCAAUUGGUGGCAUGUUCUUUAUUUUUGUCUUUCUGUCUUAUUGCUUCUGCCUCCGUCUGGUUUUUUUUUUUUUGGUUUGUUUAAAGUUCAAACUGAGACAUUCCUGUACAGGUUCUGCAGAAACAAACCUGUUACCACGGCAACAGCCUGGAGACGCUGUGUCCACGGCAACAGCUGUACAACCAUUACUGGUUGAAGAUGAAAUAAUGAGUUUAAAAUUCUAAAACCUCGUGGUUACUGACCUAAAACAAGCAGCAGAUCAAAGUUUGUUUUGGGUUUUUGUGUCGAUGGACUUUAACAGUUUCCCAUUUUUGACGUCCUGUUGAGGUUUUAAAAGCCGUCAGUCGCUCAAACCAACAUUCAGACUCUGUGGAAUUGCUGCUCCUGUUUGUCAGUUAUUUGAUCCAUUCGCCUUCAGUGGAGGAGAUGAAACGGAGUCCACAGCCGUCGUUCUGUGUAAAAAAUGUUCAAAGACCGAGUUCUGCCUGACGUUGCAUCAAACUAUAACAAAACAUUUUACAGUUUCAGAUGUUUAAAGAGUGUAAAACGUUGUUCCCGCUUUCACAUUCGUAGUUCCCGCUCUCAGUUCAUUUGUCUGCACCUGAUUUAGUCAUUUCCGGCUCAUUAUUUGGUUUUUUCCUUACCGUGAUUUAUGAAUUCACGCCCUGGAUUUUGGUUGUUCUGUUUCUCCAUUCGUUAGUUUGCUUAUAUUUUCUGGUUCCAGUUUCCUUUUCCAGACUGUAAAUUUGGUCGACCUGAAUCCAGAUUUGAUAUUUGGGACUCUUGAUUUAAUAAUUCAGGGUCUCUACUUGGUAUUUCAACUUCCAUUCAGUAAUUUGCUGCACAGUUUUGCACCAAACGAGGACUGUGGGUUUCAUUAACCAUCACUGAACAGGAGCAACGAUUCCUCCAAACCCGACCCUUUAGGACCAACAGAUCUGGGUUUACUGACGCUGCAUUCAGGCUCUGUGGGAAAUCCCAGCUUCAGACGGGACGGCGGCUCCUGCUCGCCUCCUGGUGGCCGAAACAAAACUCUUUGGAUGAUGUCAGUCCAUUUCUCCAGCUGGUGAUUUCCCACCAUGAAGCAUCAUGAAGUUGAUGGCGGCUACAGAAACACCUGAGCGUCCGGCCGACAGGUAGAUGAAGGUGUGGAGCUCCAUGAAGCACCAUCAUGGACGAGCUUCUCCAGACUGUCGGACUUCAUCACCUCUCACCUUUGGCUGUCUUUAACUCUUUAACUUCCUUCUGUUGCUGCUGACGACAGAAACUCUGUAUUUUUCUACCGCUUCCUGUUUGUCCUCUUUCUGGACUCUUUGUGUUGCCGUAGUUCUGAGCUUCACGUCUCACUGAAGAUUCUGCCGGUGAAGCUUUUAGUCGAUUUUGUCGUCGUUUCAAGCAACAAUCUUCUAGAUUUAGUUCAGACAUUUCCUCUAGUUUGUCAGACUAUUUCAUUUGACACUUUUAUUUUAAAAAUCUGAUUUACUUGUUCCUGCUCUAAUUUUGUAUUUCAGAUUCUAGAUUUGAAUAUUUGGCUCUUGAUGUGAUGCUUUCUGCUCUGGAUCUAGUAUUUAUCUGCUACUUCAGGCUCUCAGUUUAGGAAUUUCCAGCUCUAGAUUUAAUCAUUUUUGUUCUUAAUCUUGUAUUUCAGAGUAUCGAUUUGAAUAUUUGGCUCGAAAAUUAUUAAUCCUGGUUCUGGAUAUAGUAAUCCAGACUCUGGAUUUAAUCAUUCCAGCUCUCGAUUUAGAAAUUCAAGCUCUAGAUUUAGUAAUCAUGCUCUCAAUUUAAUAAUUUCGGCUUUUGAUUUAAAUAUCCCUGGUCUUGAUUUACCAUUUCGGGUUCUAGAUUUGAAUUUAUGCUCUUGAUUUAGAAAUUCAAGCUCUAGAUUUAAUCAUUCCUGCUCUCAAUCUUGUAUUUCAGACUCUCAAUUUGAAUCUUUGGCUCCAAAUUUAGUAAUCCUGGUUCUGGAUGCAGUAAUCCAGAUUCCGGAUUUAAUUAUUCCAGUUCUCAAUUCAGAAAUUCAGGCUCUAGAUUCAAUCUUUUCUGCUCUUAAUCUUGUAUUUCAGGCUCUAGAUUUAGUAAUUCUGACACUCAAUUCAGUAAUCCGGGCUCUCGAUUUAAUCAUUUCAGCUCAUGAUUUACCAUUUUGGGCUCUAGAUUUAAUAGUUUCUGGUCUUCAUCUCGUAUUUCAGGCUCUAGAUUUUGAUCUUUGGAUCUUUAUUUAGGAAUUCUUUGACUGGAAUUUCUGCUUUGAGAGUUUUGAGGUUUCAGACUGAAUCGACCUUUUUGUUCAUUUUUCACUAUUUUCUAGAAAACAACAUCAGAUGAGUAGAUGCAGAUGCUAAAACUUGUAGCUCUGGUUAGUUUAUUCCAGAAUCAGUCGCUGGUUCUUCUGGUUUCCUUCCUGCUUGGAUGGACGGCGAGCAGCUAAACGAUGAGGUGAAGUUUUAUCUCAGUGAGACGUGAAGCUCCAGAAUGAAGACGUUACUGAAGCUUUUCUACUAAACAUGGGUUUAUCUAGAGAACAGAGAGAGUCCUGCAGUGGGACGUUUCCAGACGUUUCCUCCUUCAAUGCUGAACUUUGCUGCACUUUAAUUUCUCUCAACGUGCCUCGAAUCGUCUCCGUGUUCAUAUCGGUUUUCUAAGGAGCCUUCAGUCAGCUUCCCGUUCUUCGUUCAUUUGGAAUAAUAUCUAUGAUAAUAAAAAUAAUAAAGGAUGAAUAUGA